AUCGAUUUUCACCACCGAUAAAUAACAUGCCAUACACAUCACAACAAAAACAGCUGUACGUGCCUUUAGCACGCUUCUCUCCUGUAAACAUUACACAUUUUAAUAAAUUAUUUAAAAUAAAUCGCGUAAAAUGGUGCGUAAACUAAAAUAUCACGAGCAGAAAUUACUGAAAAAAGUUGACUUCAUCACAUGGAAAGUAGAUAAUGGUGGAAAAGAAACAAAAGUUAUACGUCGCUAUCACAUACGCAAGCCAGCCGAUUAUACCAAAUACAACAAGUUAUCGCGUGAGAUACGCACGCUGAGCGAAAAAAUUGCCAAAUUAGAGAAUACCGAUCCUUUCAGAACCGAAGCGGCUACAAUGUUGCUACUGAAGCUCUAUGAUAUGGGUCUAACACGCAAUCAAAUGGAUUUAGCGGUUGCAAGCGGUGUCUCGGCGAGUAGUUUUUGUAGACGUCGCUUGCCGGUGGUGAUGGUGAAAAGUUAUCUUGCAGAAUUUACUUUCCUUAGCUGCAUAUAUUUAAGUCGAUUUGGAAAUAACGAUAUCGGCAAGAUCUUAAAUUCAUUUUAUAUGUAUGUGGAGUUAAAUUUCACUUACAUUUUGUGCUAUGAAAUAGAAAAAGAAACAUGCAAAUAUAUUCCAAAUUGUCAAAAAGUCAAUAUUUCUGCAAUCAAAUACGCCAGCGUCAAAAUUAUUUUCCUGUUAUGCACUAAUGGAUGUUUUGUUUUCUUGGAAUCGUCUCUCACAAAAUCUCAAAAAUGCGACAGAUCUGAUUGAGCAAGGACAUAUAAGAGUGGGCCCCGAUAUGAUUACGGAUCCGGCAUUUUUAGUGACACGCAAUUUGGAAGAUUUCGUCACAUGGGUAGAUAGCUCCAAGAUUAAGCAGCACGUACUGAAUUACAAUGAUGAACGUGAUGAUUUCGCAUUAGUUUAAAAUAUUUUUUUUUAUUUGAAAUUUGUACAACUCGUUUUAAGUAAAUACAAUAGCAUAUGAUAUAACAUAAAAAUUA